CUCGUAUCAAAUCGAUCUCUCUCUCUCACACUCGCUUGUGAAAUCCCUAAAUCUCCAAAAAAAAAAACCCUCUUCUCUUCUCUGUGUCUGAAGACGAAAUACACAGUUCAGUUAUUUCGAUCUUGAGCAACCGUUAGCAACAGAGAUACAGAGAUUUCUUGUUUCUUUGAAUCUUGAUUCUUGAUUCAAUCCUCCCUAAGUAUAAAAACCUUUUUUCAAAGAGCCAUGACUUCUCUAUCUCAUCCAAAUUUGUUCUUCUUCCAAUUCCCUCUUCGUAACAAACACCUUCCUUUACAAUUCUUCUCCUUUUACGAAGAUCACGAGCACAAGAAUGGAGGAACAACAGACUCCGGUCUAUGUAUGGGGCUUCGGUAGCCACAUCUCGGAAUCGGCCUUGUUCGACUUCUUUGGUAGUGGGCCAACUACAACGUUAGCGUCUGUUACGCUUCACCGAGAUGCCAUGAACAACUCGCUUCGCCGAGCUACUUUGAUGUACGGAGACAUAGACGAAGCUAAAGCUGUAAGUAGAGCUCUGAGUGGACUCCCCCUCGGCCUUGGAGAGAUACACAUGUCAUUAGAGUGUUUUCCCGAGGAGGCAUGUUUCGUCUUCUUCUUUCUUUACCCCUUACCUCUUCUUCUUUGUCUUUACCUUACUACCUCUUCAUUGUUUUCACAGGAAAUCCCUCCGAGAGUAGAGGAGGAACAGACUCCAGUCUAUGUAUGGGGCUUCGGUAGCCACAUCUCGGAAUCGGCCUUGUUCGACUUGUUUGAUAAAGAGCGAAAGACAUCUCUAGCGUCUGUAACGCUUCACCGAGAUGCCAUGAACAACUCGCUUCGACGAGCUACUUUGAUUUACAACAGCAAAGUCGAAGCUGAAGUUGUAAGUGUGGUUUGGAAUCUACAAUCCCUCGAUGUUGGGAAAAUACACACCUCUUUAAAGUCUUUUCCCGAUGAGUCAAUCCCUGCGAGAGUGGUUAGUAAUCAGAUGAUGACGACAAUGACGCCAUUUGGAUUACAAGCUUCUGUGCCACUACAAAGCUACCCCACGUAUCAAUUGUUCCCUGUGCCUUUGCCAAGAAGAGUGUGGGUAGAAAAUAGAAGAGAACAGAUAAGGGAAGGGAUGGACAGGAAAUCCAUUUGUUACGUUAGUAACUUUCUAUAUGAAUUGGAAGAAGCUAGCUUAAGAGACAUCUUCCAACAUUGUGGGGAAGUUCAGUUUUGCAAAAUCAGGAGAGAUCCGUUUACUGGAAGGAGUAGAGGUGAUGGGUUUGUUGAGUUUGUAACUCCUGAAGCCGCCUCUGAAGCAAUCAAGUUGGAUGGGACAUUCCAUCAUGGCAGAACAAUAUAUGUCAGCUAUGCCAAAUCAAAGAAGGUAUCUACUUGAAGAGAGUCUCGUGUCCUGAAGUGUGCUUUAGGUGAGAUGAAAUCAGAGAAGUGACAAGAAUGUUGUGAAAACUUGAGGAUGGAGACGACUUUUAAUUCUCGUUGUAUGUACUAUGUGACUAUUUUUUCUUCUUAAAAACAUGAUGAUGUGUAAUGUCAAAAACAGGAAAUCCCGUUACACCAAGCAGUUUUUGAAAAUGAUGAGAGAAAUAUUAUUGCAAGU